CGCCCCUCCGCCCCUCCGGUGGCGGGAGAGCUGCCGACGCCCGAGCCCGAGCUGCCUGGCGGCGGGAGGCGGCGGGGCGGCCCGGAGAGGGGCGCGGCGGCGGACUGAGCCCGCGCCCAGAGCGGGCACCAUGGUGCUGUCGGUGCCCGUGAUCGCGCUGGGCGCCACGCUGGGCACGGCCACCAGCAUCCUCGCUCUGUGCGGGGUCACCUGCCUGUGCCGGCACAUGCACCCCAAGAAGGGGCUGCUGCAGCGGGACCGGGACCCCGACCCGGAGAAGGCGAGACCCGGCGUGCUCCAGCCCGCCCAACAGUUCAACAUUAAAAAGUCCACGGAGCCCGUGCAGCCCCGAGCCCUCCUCAAGUUCCCAGACAUUUACGGCCCCAGGCCGUCUGUGACGGCCCCAGAGGUUAUCAACUACGCAGACUACACGCUGAGGACCACAGAGGAGCCUGCUGCAUCCGCCAGCCCCCAGGCCCCGAAUGACAGCCGCCUCAAGAGGCAGGUCACGGAGGAGCUGUUCAUCCUUCCUCAGAAUGGUGUGGUGGAGGAUGUCUGUGUCAUGGAGACCUGGAACCCAGCGAAGGCUGCCAGCUGGAACCAAGCCCCCAAGCUUCACUACUGCCUGCAGUAUGACCAACAGAAGGCGGAGCUGUUCGUGACUUGCCUGGAAGCCGUGACCAGUGACCACGACGGAGGCUGUGACUGCUAUGUCCAAGGCAGCGUAGCCAACAGGACAGGCUCUGUGGAGGCCCAGACGGCCCUGAAGAAGCGGGAGCUGCACACCACCUGGGAGGAAGGCCUGGUGCUCCCCCUGGCAGAGGAGGAGCUCCCCACAGCGACCCUGACGCUGACCCUGAGGACCUGUGACCGCUUCUCCCGCCACAGUGUGGCUGGGGAGCUGCGCCUGGGCCUGGAUGGGGUGUCCGGAUCUCUGGGGGCCGCCCAGUGGGGGGAGCUGAAGACUUCAAUUAAGGAGCCUUCUGCAGGAGCUGGAGAGGUCCUUCUCUCCAUCAGCUACCUCCCGGCGGCCAACCGCCUCCUGGUAGUGCUGAUUAAAGCCAAGAACCUCCACUCCAACCAGUCCAAGGAGCUGCUGGGGAAGGAUGUCUCUGUCAAGGUGACCUUAAAGCACCAAGCUCGGAAGCUGAAAAAGAAGCAGACAAAACGAGCCAAGCACAAGAUCAACCCUGUGUGGAAUGAGAUGAUCAUGUUCGAGCUGCCAGAUGACCUGCUGCAGGCCUCCAGCGUGGAGCUGGAGGUGCUGGGCCAGGAAGAGGAGGGGCAGAGCUGCGUGCUGGGCCACUGCAGCCUGGGCCUGCACGCCUCCGGCUCUGAGCGCAGCCACUGGGAGGAGAUGCUCAAAAACCCGCGCCGGCAGAUCGCCAUGUGGCACCAGCUGCACCUGUAGCAGCUUCCCAGUCCACCUCCCUUCUCGGGCACGGCCCUGCCCCUUCCGUCCCAGCUGUCCUCUGUGACCUCUUCUUUGUGCCACAUCCUCAUAAUGACACUCAGAAGACAGACAUCUUUGCAAAGACCAGGACCCCAUUCCUCUCUCAUCACACCCCCAAUCUGAACAAUGAGCAGGAGAGGGCAGUGUGUGGACAUUUGGGUCACCCUGGGGAAUGCAUUUUGCUGAUCUGUGUCACAGAAGAGACACUUAGCAAAUGCAGCCCGAGUGCGGGUUUUGCGGGGUGGGCAUGUUAGUCCAGAUGCAGAGAAAGCUGAGUUUGGGCAAUAAUGGAUACAAAGAAUGUGUUUUCUUAAAAGUGAGCAUUUCAAAAAUGAUGAAGAAAAUAAAAGUAUCCUGGAUCUACUCAUAGAGUUGGAGAUUGUUAGGGUGGGUUGACAUCUCGGCCAGCACGAAGUCGUGCUCCUGAACCAGGCAGCAGUAAUCCAGCAGUUCUCAAACCCUCAGUGUGAAGAAAUCACCAGCAGACUCCCGGACCCACCUGUAGACAUUCCAAACCAGUGUUCCCGGCCGGACCCCAGGAGCCUGCCUUUUAACAUGCAUCGGUGGUCUGGAUGCAGAGGUUGGAGCACUGUGCCUGGAGGAAUCCCUUCUACAACAUUCCAGACAGGUUUUCACAGCCAGUUCCAGUACUGGAUGUCUCAACCAUCAGUGUGACAUUUAGAAGCCUCUAGGUUUUUAAUUUAAUUAUUUUAAUUCUUAAUAUUUUUCAUUUUUGCUUUUCAGAUCCUGCUCUUGGAAUGAAUUUGUACUUUUUAUUGAAUAGCUUUAUUGUUUUAUCUCAGAAUCAGUUUAUAUUAUAUUUGGGGGGGGAACUUCCUUGACAGUGUGGGAUCCCCCUGUUAGUUAUUGGGCGCUAGUUGUCACAUCCACCAGCAUCACCAAAGUGACCCUCCAAGAUAGUCCCGUUGCUUCUAGCGGUCCAGCCACUUCAGGAAGAAUUCAGUUUGGGACAAAUAUUAAUUUAGUUUAUUAUGCCUGGCUCUGUGGAGGUGGAGAAGGAAGAUAAAUAGGAAACGAAGGCUUUUACAAAUGUGCCUCCCACUUCAGUUUUCAGGGCCUGUCGCUUUAAAAUCAGUAAGUAACCAGCAGCUAAGUUUCAGAUUCCUACCUUAUUAUUCCAAAUAGCUGUCCAUAUCAUUAAUUAAAUGAUGAGCCUUGUGGAGUGGAUAUACUUGCCCUCGAACCAGGACUCCUGGGUUCUGUUGUUGGCUGUCUGCUAAGCAGGACUAAUGACAUGGCAGCUCUGUCUGGGUAAAUUCUGCGAUUGAUAGAUGAAAGCAUGCUUGAAAGCUGUAGGCACUCCCUGGCUAGAAGCAAACUCUGAAACCACCAGAGGAUCAUCUUUAAGCUUUAAGUUGGCAGCUGACAAUGCCUGGAAAGUACCAGAACCAUCCCAGGCAUUUUCAGAACCAUGAAUUCUGCAUUUGGACUCCUUAAUACUGACAUCCAAAUUCUGGGCCUUCCAAUGUCACCCUAGUGCUGAUCUAAACGAGAAUUUCUAGACAAGAUGGGUUAGGGCUAUCCUUCAACCUCAAUAAGUCAUUCUUAGCCUCCCCCUGAGAAUCUGAUAGGGAUCUUAUCGCCCAUAGUUAUCAUUUUUUCCUUUCUGCACCAAAGUAGAAAAUCAUUAGAAACAACUUCUACCUACCCUCUGAAGAAACAGAAAAAAUAUCUAAUCCCCCUUUAAUGAGAAAACCUCUCAGAUAAUUAGAAAUCUUGAUCACUAACAUUUACCACCUCCUGCCAAGUUUUUUUAGGCAAAGCAUUUGUUAGUGAUUUCCUAUAUCAUGUUUUUGAGAUACCCUCACCCACCUCACUCUUGUUUCCUUUUUUUUUUUGUUGGCAUAGCUAAAAGAGAACAGAACAUUCUCUAUGUAAGCUGAUCAGUACUUUCUUCUUGGUAACAUCUGCUACUUUAAUCUAAAAAAGUCUGGAUUCUAGGCUUAAAAUCAGGAAAUACGGUUCCACUUCCUUACAAAUCUAUGUACCUGCCUUAUAGUCACACCAAAGGAUGCUUGAGAUGGAUUGGGUUGGGUCUCUGAUUCCAGAAAUAUCAACUCCACCCAUGCUCUUUCCACCAUGAGGCUUUCAUUUCUUUGGAUCUCAGAGGUUUAGUUUUCCAGAGUCUGUAAACUAAAGGUUGCUGCUAAUAAGAAUCAAAUGCCACCACAGAACAUCUUGGGUGUCAGUUAUCAGCUCUCCUAACAGACAUGCACAGAAAUGAGAGAGAUUUUACAGGGGUUUUUGUCUGGUGUGUUUUGACACCUUGAACAAAGCUGGCUCAUGGCCCCUAAGUACAGUAUUUGUUGAAUGAAUUAAUGAGUAAAGGAUGGAUAGGGGAGUAGACAGAACAGGUCACUGCAACUGGCAUAAAAAUCAGAGUCCUGGCUGAUUGCUCAAAGAUACAGGCAUCAGAAAUCCCAGUUGGCCUAGAAAGUCAUGACAUUGAGUAUUACCAUUCACCUACUCACAAUUUGUAACUCUGUGUAAAUGUCAUUGAUGAUAGAAGAGAAUAUGAUCGCUGUGCUUUUCUACCCAAACUUCGUCCUGGUGAAUUUUAUAUUACUCAGAGAUACCAGACUGCCAAAUCCAAAAACUUCAGCACUCUUUGCAUCAGCUUACCUAGUACCAGGCACAUUUGCAAUUUACUACCACAUUAGUGUAAUUGGGUCCGUGUGAGCACAUUUGAUUUUUUGAAAGGAACACCUGGUCCUUUGCCAGGGAGUGUUUUCUAAGAAGGUCACAAAACAGAGAUAAAAAUAAAGUAAGAAACCAUCUCCAGCUGACGGUUGCCCACACCGUGAUCUGGUUCUUUCAUAGAUAUGGUGAUGGGGACAAAGAAUUAAUCUUGGCUCCACUUCUUACAUCACAUUAAUAUCUAUUUGUUGAGUGCCUAUUGGUCAAGAUCUUGCACACGUCUGUCCAUUUCAACUUGGGACAUGACUCUUGCUGUGGGUUGAGUGACAAAUCACCCCAUGUAGAGAGCAAGAUGGGGCAAUUCCUUUGGGAUGUGAGGAGUCCUGGGGGGCAGGCAGCUAUUGCCUAAGCCAAACUGAGCUGAGGACCGUGAAACAAGAGAUCUAGCCCCUGUGAUUCAUUUCUGCCACCGUGUUUCCUGUUGUCAAUGCUAAGUGUGUGUUUGUUUGCAAUUAUGAACCGAAGCACAAAAAAGACGCAUGAGACAUUGUAGUCCUAUGUCUGGUGUCACACUUUGGAGCAAAAACCUUUCAGUGGUAAAUAAAUAAUUUCCAACUGGGUUACCUA